UUGAUUGUUUGCCAAAAGCCUAUCAACAGACUCAAGUUAAUUCUUAGUUGCGUUAAGAUAACUUAUCAAUUAAUAUCCAAUCAAACAACUUCGGUGAUAAUUAAGAUGAUCAGAUUAUCAAAAAAAUGAUAAAAAGUUAAUGAUUAUAAAAACAAUUAAUUUUGAUACAUAAUCACAAUUAUUGUCAAUAGAUUAACUUAAUUAUUAUCAUUGAUUGUUAUCAUCGAUAACAAAAUUCAUUGGAAAAAUUAUUCAACAGUCAAAUGUUUUUUAAUUGUUCCAAUGUAAUAAUUAACAAUUCUAUCAACUCUAAUACCUCAAAGAGAGAAAACAAUUGUUUCAAAUUACCAUCGGAACAAUUAAGCUAAUCAGCUGAACAGAAUUGUAUAAUUAACCAUAAUCGAUACGCAUGUCAACUUGAAUUAACAACAAUCAACUGAUUGUUGUUUAGCCUCAUGCAAUUAAUCAAAUCAGAUUAUCGUCUCGUUUUAUAUAAACGUUACACCUAAUUAAUUGUUUUCACAAUUAACUCUCAAUGCAAACAAACACAAUUACUUUUGAUUUAAACAAAUUUUAAUCCAAAAUAUUAACAAAUAAUUAAAACAUAAAUUAAAUUAAUAAAAUCUAACAAUCAACAAUCAUGGAUUUAGAUGAUCCAAUGAGCUCAAUAGUCUCUGAGUUGUAUUAUGAUUUUCCUGUUCCUGGCUAUGAAUUUAAAUGUACAAUACCAAUGGAUCAACAAUUAAUAUCCGAUGGAGAGGCAACAAUUAAAUCUAAUGAAAGUGAUCAACUUUUGGUACCUUGUUGGACGGAUGUUAAUUUGAUCAAAAUGAAUUUGAUUGUUACAAUUUAUCAACUAAUUACGAUUCCUCGAUGUCAUCGUCACCUAAUUCACAUGAUCAAUCACCGUCAUCCAUGUUAUCACCAUCAACAUUAUCUCAUUCACUGAAUUUAUCACAAUCAACAACGUGUUUAUCACCAUCGACCUCUAAUGAUGAUCAUCAACCGAUCAUCAUGAAAGACAAUCAAUCAAAUCGAGACAUUGAAUUGUUACAAUUAUUUGAAUCUUCAGUUUUCAAUCGUUUACUUGAAGAUAAUUUCAUCAAAAUAAGUCUACAAGACGAAGCCUUGGCGGUGGAAAGUGGCCUGCGACAAUUAGAAUUGAAUAAAUACCAUGAACUGGCUCGAGUUGUUGAUCUAUUACAUGAUAAUCGUAAUCAAUUAAUUGACAAUCAACAAGAACCAACAGCUAGAUUUCAAAUCGCUAUUGUCCAUAAACACACCGAAAAAUUGAUCAAAGUCGUCAAGAAGAUUACAUCGUUUUCCAACCUUUGUUUAGAUGAUCAAAUAUCGCUACUUAAAUCACGAUUCAUUGAUUUGUGUAUAAUCAAGAGUUUAAUUUUCAUCGAACCAGAGACUAGAACAAUUAAGAAUAAUGGACAACAAAUCAGCAUGGAAAGAUGUCAUAUGAUGAAUAGCGAACAAUUUAUCAAAUUAACAAGAUCAAUUAAUCCAAUUCUUCGUACAGAUCCGAUAAUUAAUCUACUAAUUCUGUUAAUUUGUCUUCUAAAUCCAAACAUUACCACCAAUCUACGGUCAAACUUUGCUGUAAGGAAGGAAUAUAUUUUAACCAUUCACUUGGUACAAAAGUAUUUACAACUUCGUGGCUUCACAAUUAACGAAUCUAAUUAUGAAAUUAAGAAUCUGAUCUGUAAUCUCGAAGACUUCCUGAUAAUGUUCAAUGCUAAACAAAAGAUCCAAGAUGUUGCCAGAAGACAUUUAGGUUACACAUCUCAAUUAAUUGCGGAAAUGUUGGAUAUUAAUGGUCAACAGCUUAAUCCAAUUCCUGCUAAUCAAAGUGUCAAAACAAUUUAACAUCAAAAUCAGAUUAUCAAAUGUUAUUAAUCCUCAAUCAGUUGGUUACUUCAUGUUAUCAAAAUGUCAAUUAUAUUGUUUAGUUUGUUUUUAUUUAUGUUGAUCAGGUUAAUUUUUUAUAAAAAUUUAGCUAAUCAAUCCGUUGAUUUCUUAGGUGUAACCUAAUUAAGCAACUUGAUUAAGAUCAAUUUUUCAUCAUUUAACUGAUUUUAAUCUGAUUGGAUUUAAUUUUUUGUUUGUUUUAUUUUUCACUAAAACUGAUUGUUGAUAUUGAGGAUUAAAUUGUAUUUGAAUAAUUU